AAAGCUUGAAAAGCCGACUCUCUCCUAAUUUAAACUGCUCGCACACACUGCACACGCCUUUCUAUUCUCUCUCUCUCUCAUAAACAAUCCAAAACAACGCCCUGUUGAAACUAUGGCCGAUCAAGACCUUGAACGCUACUUUUCACAAUCAGAGAAACAACUCGAGAUCGAACGCGUUUUACAAUGCUUCAAACUGGAUCCGUUCUCGAUUCUCGAACUACCAUACGGCAAACUCGAAGCGAAACAAAUCAAGAUGCAGUACCGGAAAAAGAGUUUAAUGAUCCACCCAGACAAAGUCAAGCACGAUCGUGCUGAAGAAGCGUUCUCAAUGUUGAAAAAGGCAGAAUCAGAGCUCAACGAUGACACCAAAGUCAAGUUUUUGCUUUCGGUAAUUGAGGAAGCCAAAGUGGAAGCGUUGCGUGACAAUGGUUAUAAAGUCAAGACUCAGGUCGUUGCUUCGACAACCGAUCCCAAGCAACAACAACAGCAGAAUGAUGACGGUAAAGAAGAAGAUCAAGAAGAAGGAGCAGAUAAAGAUGGAUCAGCAGUAGCAGGGUCAACAUCCACAAGAAAAAAGACAGUGAUUGAAUCGGCCACAAGCGUGGAUUCACAACAAUACCCGUUCUUAAAGACGCAGAAUGGACAGCAGGCAGUCAGAGCCAAGGUGAAGGAAAUCCUGAUCGAAAUGGAACUACGUCGACGACGACAAUUGAAGAAGGAGAUGGAGGCAGAAGGUAAGGAGGCACGUAAAGCUGAAGAGGAGGCAAAUAGCCGAAAGCGACAACGUGACGAACAAAAGCAAUGGGAAGCAACGCGAGACCAGCGGGUAAACAGCUGGCGAGAUUUCCAGAAAAAGGGUGGAAGAAAGGUCAAAAAGGUCAAGAAAUCCGGAUUAUAGAAUCUUUUGUGUAGAUAUUUGCCAUUAUAUACCCUUUGUUUAACAUCUUCUUCGAACCACCCUGGACAUCCGUACUUGAUAAGCAAUAAACUAUGCUUUGAUACAAUAUGCGACAUUGAAAGUCAAUGAUAACUUGAAUUUAUCAGAAUUUAUUGAAACGAACGGUAUGAUAGGACCAUCCAAAUAGCAAUGAAUCAG